AUGGCUAGAGGCAACCAGCGUGAUUUGGCUAGAGCCAAGAACCUCAAGAAGCAGCAAGAGCAUUCAAAGAGUCAAAAGAAAGAAGGUGACCCUAAAAAGAGAAUGGAGAGCGACGCCGAAAAGAUGAGAAAAAAACAAGCCGAAGGUAUGUGCCCUGACUAUGUGGUUCUUGACAAUCUAGCUAAAUUUCCAGGUGUCAUUGUCUACUCUGAAAUUUACCAGGUCACUGGUCCCGUAGCUAGAUUCGCUAAGGACAUUGCAGGUCAAGGCUUCAUAGCUAUCGCUCCAUCCAUCUACCACAAUUUCGAAUCCCAUGAGGCGUUGGCUUAUGACAAUGAAGGCACUGAUAAGGGCAAUCUGUAUAAGAUCGAGAAAGAGCUUUCUCUGUACGAUGAGGACAACAGGUUGGCCAUUGAGUACUUAGAACUGCUUCCUACCUUCAAUGGUAAAAUCGGUGCUACAGGAAUGUGCUUGGGAGGCCAUUUGGCUUUCAGGGCCGCCUUGGACCCAAGAGUGAGUGCAUCUUUCUGCUUCUUCGCCACGGACAUUCACAUCCAUGCCUUGGGUAAAGGUAAGAAUGAUGACUCCUUGAAGAGAUCGAAGGAGAUCAAGGGCGAGUUGGUGAUGGUUUUUGGAGACAAGGACAAUCAUGUACCUUUAGAAGGCAGAGACUUGAUUAGGCUGACCUUGCGUAGAAACCCUACCCAACUUACCUUUAUUGAGAUCAAUGAAGCUCAGCAUGCUUUUGUUAGGGACGAGAAUUCCAAAGACCGUUACGAUGCCGCCGUAACAGGGUUGUGCUUCCAAUGGUUACUCGAGUUAUUCAAUAGAAGGUUGAAAUUGGACUACGGAGAGCACGAUGGCAAGGAUGUUGUGAUCGAGGAUGUCUGCUAA